CUCUCUUGCCAAUAAUAUAGUCUUCUCCGCCUCUCUUUACCAAACACAAACACAAUCUUUUUUCCAAAACCAAAAUCAAAACCAUGGACAAAGAACAAGAAGACAUGCAAUUUCUUGGUUUUUUUGGUUGCUACAAAGAAUCCUUCAACAUAAUAUUUUCAUGGAGAAAGAUCUUCACAAAAAUCACCUUAACUCUUCUCCUCCCUCUUUCCUUCAUCUUCCUUUUCCACAUAGAAGUUUCCAAUCUCAUAUUCAAAAAAAUUGAACACAAUGAAGAACAAAUCAACCAUACCGAACAAGGCACACCAAAAUAUGAAAAACUCACCGACAUGGUCUCAUCCGAAUUCAUCACUCUUUUACUUUUCAAAUUAGUUUACUUCACUUUUCUCCUCAUCUUUUCUCUUCUCUCUACCUCAGCUAUUGUCUACACAACCGCAUCAAUUUUCACUUCCAAAGAUGUUUCUUACAAAAAAGUCAUGAAAAUUGUCCCUAAGGUUUGGAAAAGACUCAUGCUCACCUUUUUAUGUGCCUAUGCUGCUUUUUUUGCUUAUAAUGUUAUAACAUUUAUUGUUAUAAUAUUAUUAGCACUUACAUUUGGUAUAAAAAAUGGUAUGCUUGUUUUAUUUAUUUUUUUAAUGUUGCUAUAUUUCAUUGGAUUUGUUUACCUCACUUUGAUUUGGCAACUAGCUAGUGUUGUGACCGUGUUAGAAGAUUUUUAUGGAAUUAAAGCUAUGGUGAAAAGCAAGGAAUUAAUAAAGGGGAAAAUGGGUUUGUCAAUAUUAUUAUUUUUGGUGCUCAAUGUUUCAUUUGUUUUGAUAAGGUUGAUUUUUAAGGUUGUGGUGGUGAAUGGAAGAUGGAGUUUUGGUUAUGUGGAUAGAAUUGGAUAUGGUAUACUAUGUUUAAUGUUGUUGUCUUGUUUUUUCUUGAUUGGGCUUGUUUUGCAAACGGUGCUUUAUUUUGUUUGCAAAUCUUAUCAUCAUGAGAAUAUUGAUAAAUCGGCUUUGGCUGAUCAUCUUGAAGUUUAUCUUGGAGAAUAUGUGCCUUUGACGGCUAAAGAUGUUCAGAUGGAGAAUUAUCGUCUUUGAUUUUUGUACUAUAGGUUAAAUUCAUUAGAUAUCAUACAUAUGGAACAUCAAUAUUAUAUAUGUCUAAGUUGAUUGUAUUUUAUUUUAGUUUGUUGAUGCUACAAGAAAUUUCAUAUUGUGUAUGAACUAUGAAGUGAAUUCCAAUGGCUGAUUUUGCUUUGAUUAUUAUAUGUUUUAAAAUAACACGGUCAUAUGUGGCUGCUUUUGCUA